CAAGAAGGAGAAUCCACUGGCAGACUCCUUGAGCAACAAAACCAGACUUGUACAGAUAUCUACUCCCCCAAAAUACCGCCAACAUGGCCCGACCAACGCUCAAGACACCACUAUGCGAGCUCCUCAAGAUCGAAUAUCCCGUCAUCCUCGCCGGCAUGGCUCGCACAUCCUCUGGACCUCUGGCAGCCGCAGUAUCAAAUGCAGGCGGUUUGGGCGUCAUCGGAGGUCUAGGCUACACCCCCCAACAAAUGCGAACGAUCAUCCACGAAAUCAAGGAGAACCUUCGCGACAAGAGCUUGCCCUUUGGUGUAGACCUCGCACUGCCACAAAUCGGCGGCUCGGCGAGGAAGACGAAUCAUGACUACACACAUGGACAGCUAGACGAAUUGAUCGAUGUCGUGAUUGAAGAGAAGGCAAGCUUGUUCGUGUCGGCUGUUGGUGUCCCGCCGAAACAUGUUAUUGAGAAACUACACAAGGCUGGAAUACUUGUGAUGAACAUGGUCGGACACCCGAAGCAUGCUCAUAAGGCUUUGAAAGCUGGGGUCGACAUUGUUUGUGCACAAGGAGGUGAAGGAGGUGGUCAUACCGGUGACAUCGCGACAUCGAUUCUGAUCCCUUCGGUCGUAGACAUUGCUCGACAAUACACAUCCCCACUGACAGGCAAGCCGGCGUUGGUUGUAGCUGCAGGUGGUAUUUACAACGGCCGUUCAUUGGCAGCGAUGUUGUCUUUCGGAGCAGUGGGAGUAUGGGUGGGAACCAGAUUCGUAGCAUCUGAAGAAGCGGGCUGCAGUAAACUUCACAAGGAAGCUGUCGUGACCGCGGAGUUUGAGGAUACAGUCAGAACGCUGGUAGUCAGCGGUCGGCCUUUGAGAGCGAGGAUGAAUGAUUACCUCAAGACUUGGGAAAUCGACAGACCGGACGAAAUCAAGAAACUUUGCGACCAAGGUAUCGUGCCUUUGGCGCAUGAUUUGGAGAAUGACGUUGAUGUCGAUCCUCCCUUCUUGAUGGGACAGGUAGCGGGUGUGAUUAAAGAAAUCAAGCCUGCUGGUGUGAUCUUGGAGGAUAUGGUUCGGGAGGCAGUGGAUGUGCUUAAGAUCCAGCAAGGGUACUUGGGUGAAGGGGCGAGGAGUAGACUGUAGUGUUAGCGGCGCGCGCACGCGACCAAUAACGAAACCAGUGGCGUUUUCGGC